CCGAGUCCCUACAUAUAAUCAGCAACAAAGAUCUUGCAGCAGCACAACAUCUACACACCACUUGCACUGAACAAAAGGACAUCAUGGAAGACCAACACGAGAUCUUGUUCUACGAUAUAGCAUCUGGCCCGCCAGUACGGCCAUUUGCCGUCAACCCAUGCAAAACUCGCUACGCGCUCAACUUCAAGAAGGUCUCUUACAAAACGGAGUUGGUCGAGCUCCCCGACGUCAAAAACGUCCGCAAGUCGCUCGAAUGCGCGCCGGUGCGCAAGCACAUGGACGGGAGCGACUUUUACACGCUGCCCAUCGUCAAAAACACAAAAACCGGCGAGAUAGUCGGCGACUCGUUCGACAUUGCCCUGUACCUGGACCGCACAUUCCAAACCGGCCCGCGGCUGAUGGCAGCCGGGACCGAGGGGCUGACUGCGGCGUUCAACGCGCAGGUCGACGCGCUCUGGGUGCAGAUUGUGCGGCUCGGCAUGCGGAACUUCCCCUUCAACCCGGCCAACGGGCACAUCUACAAGGCCGAGGCGUGCGCGAGGUUCGGGGCCGAGAGCUGGGAGGCCAUGGACACGCAGACCGAGGAGGAGAGGGUAAAGAUACUCAAGGACGGCGAGGCGGCGCUCGAGCCGCUGGCCAAGUGGUACCGGAUGGACGAGUCGGGGCCGUUCCUGGCAGGCGCCCAGGUGGCGUAUGCCGACAUCGCGGUCGGGGGUUGGUUGCUCAUGUACUCGGUCACCUUUCCCCCGGAGGAGUUUGCGCAGGUCAUGGCCUGGCACGGUGGGGUGUGGGGGAGGUUACACGAGGCGUUGGCGGAGUAUCGGUAAGUUGAAGUGCUGGAGGGUAAGCUAUCGAAAAUUACUAGAUAAAAGAGGGAGAAAAAAAAAGGGCGGUUGAUCAUAUCUGGCGGCAGUGCAUUAUAAUUGACGGUUAGGAGGUAAAUAAUCAAUUUUGAUUCCAUCUUUAA